AUGGCUGCCACAAAAUCCAAUUGCCAUGCUCGCUCAAACAGCGUUCCCUCAACAACGCACCCUCUCAUUUCAGAAUUUGAUGAGCAGUUGUGCAGAUUGAGGACUUCUGGAACCGCCUCUUCAUCCUCUACAUCAGUAAGCCAAAGCCUAAAUGGCCUUAAGGAUUUGUAUGAUUGUGCAGAUGAGCUGCUUUUGUUGCCACUCACUCGACAAGCCUUAGCUCAAGAGGAGAACGAUGAGCUAUUGGAUGGAUCUCUUAGGCAAUUGGAUGUAUGUAGUGUCGCCAAGGAUACCUUGCUCCAAACCAAAGAAUGCACAAUAGAAAUUUUAUCAAUUAUCCGCAGAAGACGGGGAGGAAAAACUGAGCUUGCAAGUGAGGUUAAGAAAUUCUUGGCAAUCAGGAAGGUGAUGAAAAAAGCUGUCUGCAAGGCCUUAGGAAAUUUGAAGGUUGUUUCUCCCUUCAGUAAGGAGCAUGAGGCUGUGGCUAUGGUUAGCAUGUUGAAAGAGAUGGAAGCAGUUACUCAGACUCAGCAUGUAAAGAAAGAAGAAGAAGAAGAAACAGAUGCAAAUGAAUUUGCAAUGGUGGAUGCAGCAUUGCACUCAAUUGUUGGUCACAAGACAAAAGAAUCUGAUAACAUUAUUCAGAAUGCACAAACCCAACUGCAAAAUUUAGAGUUGUGCAUACAAGAUCUAGAAGAGUCACUUGAACACCUUUCAAGGCGUUUGAUCAAAACCAGAGUUUCCCUCCUCAACAUCCUCAACCACUAG